AUAAUAGAAAUUAGGUCAGUCGACAUUUCUUCUUCCUCGUGCGUGCCGAUCUCUCUCGCUCUCUCCCUCUUCACAGGCAGCGCCCAGGGGCUCCUCAACAGCCCCUCAACGGCAAACUUCGCCCGGAGGAAGGUAUCCGAAAAGUCAGAUACUUGUGUCUGGAAUAGUCAACUAACGUAUCCACUGACUGCGAUACGUAUCCAAUGCGUAUCGGACCGUAUCCAAAGCGUAUCGUAUCCAAACUAGUAUCCGAUACGGAAUACGCCACUAAAUUACCAGAUAAGCGCAGGGUCUGCGAAAGUUCAUGUUGUUAUUAAUUGAAUUGUUAGCUGUUCAUAUUGGUUUCAAGAGUAAGGUGGCACUGAGAAGCUGUUGAUUGAAGGUUGGGGCGUUAGUCCAAUCCGGUCCUUAUAGUCUUCCUUAGUUGAUGAUAUUGUGCUGCUAGUUCCUGUUUCAGCAUGAACAACUCAUUUGGUGAUGAUUAUGAUGAAGCAACUGUUGCAGGAUUUGAAGUUUUAAGAUCACCUGAUGCAAGUUACGACAAUGUAUACCCUGGGAAUGAAGAUGAGGCACGGGAUCCGCCUCUUGUCCCUCCACAUCUGCAACAGACCUUACUUAGUUAUCCAGCAAGCGCAGACACUGCUGGAACUCUUCCGUUGCCACAGAAUGUGACCCUCAAUCAUCUUUACAUUGAGAACCGGGAGAGCCCACGAUCUGUAGUUGCACUUGGGUUCACUCAUCGCUUUCGUUCAAAAUUUGUUACAGUUGUGCUUUACAAACCAGUUCAAAGAAGGGGGACUACCAGCACUUAGAACUUGAAUAUUAGGAUACACCUAAAUUAGGUUUGGUAUAUCUAGUCCUUGUUAUGGUGCAAGGAGUGGAAUGGAUCCAAAUUCAAAACUAGUAGUGAAAGAUGCUUAUUUCCUCACAGAAACUUAUGAACUUAGGUUUGAUUUGUUAAAGUUCCUCAUUCUGCAGGGUAGAUUUGAUGGACUGUGGAGUUGUACAUUUAAACUUUAAAGUAUUCUUUCAACUGGGAUACAAAAUGGGCUGGCUGGUUAGGUUAUGAUCUCAUAUGAGAAUGAUUCAUAUGAAAUGCAUGGAAGCAUGUGCAUGCAUUUGUGAAUAUAAAAUUCCUGCUUUAUACAGAUGAGGAAGCCCUGUCCUUGUAUGACUUAGCGUGCAAAUAUGCAUCGAACAUGCGCUCAAUUCUUUAUUUCUUUCCAUGGUGUACUUGUAUCCCAAGCAUAUAAUUUAAUUGAUUAUUUUGUUCUCCAA